AUGUCCAAGGUCCCGUCCGCUUUGAGUUCAAACUGGCCUCUCCCAGAUGUCCCAAUGAGCGCGGUCGAACUAGCGGUAUUCUACCCGCACCACUCAAUGUGGCCCGAGUACCUGCUACGCUUCUUCCGAAACGGAUGGACCAUGGCCUUGGUAGCAAAGGCACAACUGUGGGCGCGCGGGGCGCUGCAAAGGGAGGAGUACACAAAGCGCUCCAACGCUUUGCGCAAGGCAAAGAAGACUGCCGGUGACAAUAAAUAUGGCGUCACAAAUUUCGUACGCAUAUCUACGCAUAGCUAUCCGCCGAUUUCUCCUAACAUCUCCCAGGACUCCUCGAACCCCCCAUUCUCCGGCUAUGCCGAGCUAAAGCCCUUCGUGGCACUCAACCAAGGCCAGCAAUUAACAAGCGCACAAUCCCAACAACAAGCGCAAGCGUACAAUCCCACCCAAUGCACAACGCCAUUCACACCCCCAGCGAACAUCACGCUAAGUACAACUCACCCAACCCUCCGCAUGGUCCAAAACGGAAUCGUAAAUUUCCCCACCGGCGACGACGCUGGUAGAUUUACAAAAGUCAUUUUGUGGGCAAAGGAAAACCACACUCUGGAUUUGUAUACCACGGCGCACGUGGCGAGCAUUGCGGCGAAUCCGGCGAAUGUUCUGCGCGAUGGGAGGAGGGUGGGUGGGCUUCCCCUAGAGGCGUUUGGGAAUAGGUGGGAUCAGGGGUGUGCUGUGAGAAUGGCUGCUGUGCGGAGGGGGUGGUAG